AAAAAUAACAAAUGGAUGACCAUAAUUACAUAAUGUGCACUUCAAUGGCACAAUACUUACAAGAAAUGGAUAGUAUUCUUCAGAAGAAUACGAUUCAAAAAAGCCCUGAGGACUUUUUGGAAUUAACUUCAGAAGGAAAGGGAUCUAGUCAAGAACAAGAAAACCAGUUCAGUCUUGAUCAGAUCCCUGAUAGGAGCGUUGCACUAGACUUCGGCCCCAGUAGCAUCUUUAAUGAAGAUGUUUACACUGAAAGUCCAGCUCUGGAGAGUAUAAAUCCUUCCGGUUGAGCUCCUGCUAAUCUUGAAUCAGUAAAUCUGGAACCACAAAGUUCAGCAGAUCAAGAAGCAGUAGUCCUCUGCACGGAUGAAGAUCACAAAAGCAAUAUUGAGGAUGAUUUACAGAAAUUAGCCAUCUCAAUUCCGAAAAGGAGAGAAAUGAAAAGGGAAAAUUUACCUAAAAUAGAUGAAUCCUUUAAGGCUCCAAAGGAAAAGUCUAAAGGCAGGGUCUCCGAUAAAGAAAGGGCCCGAAAAUCACGCUUAAGAAAGAAGAAAUAUUACGAAGAUCUUGAAAAGAAGGUCGUGCAACUCGAGGAUCACUGCAAGAAGUUGACUCAAGAGGUGAAAUUUUACAAAGAAAAGGCUUUGAGCCUUCAAAAGCAUCAGGAAAGUACCACUUUCAAGACCCAUCUUGAGAAAGAAGUGGAUCUCAUGAAUGCUCUCCAGGAGAAAAUCAAAAGCAUAGAUAGUGAUAACUUAAAAGUCUUCGAGACUCUCACUGAAGUUGGUAAGAACUUCUGUGGGUAUGGUAAGAAUAAACUACAAGUCCUCGAGCAGUGCUUCGACCAGUUCCUUGAGAAUACCCUCAUGGGAUGGGACUUCAAAGCAUGUCUAUACUCUUGUGAUAAGGAGUUCCCAAAAUCAUUCGAUGAGCUACAGAAAUACGCGAGAAUGAAAAAGUAUGAAAAACAUGACCAAUAUCUUGACGAAAAAGUUCGCGAUUUCAUCGAUGUAAACUGCUCUUUAAUGAAAACUGAGGAGGAAUAUAAUAAUUUCUUGAUCAAUAAGCUGCCAGCCAUUCGGGAGACAAAGAGAGCUCUCCAAAAAGGCAUAAUGGAGCUGUUCCAAGCCAAACAAACUAUUUAUAAGGCAUUGAUCCAGAACCAAGUCUCUUGUGAAGCUAUGGAGCCUACCCUAGAUAAGAAUGGGUUCAUAGCCUUCCUUGAGGCUAUGAAGAAUAGCAAUAUGAAGAUCACAUAUCGAGAAGCGUUUGGAAUUGAGGAAGAAGAGGUCGACGUUGACAUAAAUUACCAUUUCCCAUGCCCAACUACAUUCAAAAAAUUCACAGUCACAGCAAUGGGAUCUUCUCCAGACUCACCUGAGGUAGAAGAGGUGUCUGGGAAAUACAAGAUCAAGGUCCUCAAAAAUCAUGACAGAGUUGCUUGAUGAGUAGGCUAAAGUUUAUCAAGAACAAAUGCUAAUCUGUCGUAUUCCAGUUGAAAAUUUCUCAAUAAUUCAAC